AUGAUGAUGAACGCCUUUAUUGAGCCGGCCCAGCACCACCUGGCCAGUUAUGGGCUGCGCAUGUCGCCGAACACCACCUCCAGCACCAGCAACACCCAGCAGCAACAGCAACAACAGCAGCAGCAGCACGAGAUUGCCGCCCAGCAGCAACAGCAACAGCAGCAGCAGCAACAACAGCAGCAGCAACAGCAGCAGCAGCAGCAACAGCAACUGGAGGGCAGUGCGGACUCCGCGGCGGCCACGGCGGCGGCCUACCAGAACUCAGGCUAUGGACACUUCAACAGCUAUGCCUCCCGGGACUUCCUGCUCGGUCGCCGGGACACGGACUACGGCGUGGCCGGCAGCGCCGGACAGGCGUCUGCAGCGGCGGACUCCAUGAUCUUCUCCAGCUUUCCCGCCCAGGCAGCCGAGCUGAGCACAGGCUUCGGGCAGCACCCGUUCCACAGCCACCAUCAUGCGGCGGCGGCGGCACACCACCACCAGCACCAGAUGCGGAUGGGAAUGGCGGAUGCCUAUGCCGCGGGACACCCGUACAACCAUCACGGCAACUUCCCGGCGGCAGCGGUGCACCAUCCGGCCGUGCAUCAUCCGGCCCACCAUGCCAUGUCCGCCAUGCAUCCAGCGGGAGCCGGGGCCUUCCUGCGCUACAUGCGACACCAGCCCGCCUCGUCCGCCUCCAGCAUCAAGCAGGAGAUGCAGUGCCUCUGGAUAGAUCCUGACCAGCCGGGCCUGGUGCAGGCUGGCGGGCGCAAGACCUGCAACAAGGUCUUCCACUCGAUGCACGAGAUCGUGACCCACCUGACGGUGGAGCAUGUCGGCGGCCCGGAGUGCACCACCCACGCCUGCUUCUGGAUCGGCUGCUCCCGCAACGGACGCCCCUUCAAGGCCAAAUACAAGUUGGUCAACCACAUCCGCGUCCACACCGGCGAGAAGCCCUUCGCCUGCCCGCAUCCGGGAUGUGGCAAGGUGUUUGCCCGGAGCGAGAAUCUCAAGAUCCACAAGCGAACGCACACGGGCGAGAAGCCGUUCAAGUGCGAGCACGAGGGCUGCGAUCGGCGAUUCGCAAACUCCUCGGACCGGAAGAAGCACUCCCAUGUCCACACCUCGGACAAGCCCUACAAUUGUCGCAUCAACGGCUGUGAUAAGUCCUACACGCAUCCCUCCUCGCUGCGCAAGCACAUGAAGGUGCAUGGCAACAUUGACGAGAAGAGUCCAUCCCAUGGCUAUGACAGCGAGGGCGAGGAGAGCUCCAGCUCCAGCGUCAUCACCGGUGGGGCGCAGACGCCACCCUCAACCCGUCUGGACGGCAGUGCCGGCAGCAGCAGCGGCGUGAGCAGUCUGAGCGGUGGCAGCGGCAUCAAGUCCUCACCCCACUCCAUCAAGUCGGAACCGAACCCGAUGCACAGUGUCCAUCUGGGGGCCUCCAGCAGCGGCAGCAGCAGCACAGCCAGCAGCAGUGCCUCGCACUUGUUGCAGCAGCAGCAGCAACAGCAGCAGCAACAUCAGCAGCAGCAGCAGCAGCAACAGCAACAGCAGCAGCAGCAGCAACAACAGCAACUGUCCGCCCAUCCCAGCGACUCCAAGUCCUCGCCCGCCUUGCAAUUGAUGGCCGCCUCCGCUUCUGCGUACCUGCCGCCCCCAUUGGGUCCACCGCCGUCGCACCACCACCACCACCAUCAUCACCACCAGGCGGCGGCAGCAGCUGCGGCAGCAUCUCCAGGGGCAGCAGCCGCCUCUGCUUCGAUGCUGCACCACAAUCACCACCUGUUGUACCACCCGGCGGCGCAGCACCACCCGCCCAGCGACUGGUACCACACGGCGGCGCCGAGCGGUACGGCGGAUGCAAUGAACCCGCUGAACCACUUUGGGCACCAUCAUCACCACCACCAUCUCAUGCAUCCCGGGGCGGCGACAGCGUAUUGAGAGUGGGAGAACUGGUGGCCCGAGGA